AUGCUGCCAGAAGGCACCAAGAGGGAUUCGGAAGAAAUCCGGCUGGACGAAGACACUGAUGUUCCAGAGCCAGCAAAGAUUGCAGCGCCGAAACGAGAUGUGUUCGGUUCGCAGCAGGCUCGCAUCGGCGUCCUGUCGCUCUUGAAACUACGGAACCUCUUCAGCUGGACCGGCCAGGGAGGUCAUGCCCAGUACUCGGUGGGCGAGCUGGAGAGCAAGAUCUAUGACAACGUGCAUCACAACAGCAAGGGAGAGCUCUUGAUGCCGCUGUCCAUCUUGUCGCGGGACACGCCUUCACAGGCUGCCAGCCACAACAUCUUGCUCUUCACGGACUGGAAGGCCCGGUUGGCUUCGCAGGUUUGCCUCGUGGUUGUGCUCGUCUCUUGCAUCAUAUCUCCCAUCACCUUCAUCUGGGGUGGCAGUUGGGCUGACCCGAAAUGGGUGCCAGGAGGAAGGACGACGAUUAUUCUCGAUUUGUUCUGCGACUUGGGCUACCUCGUCCACCUGGUCUUGGAACUGAAGAUGUCUUUCAUGCAUCCAUCCAGGAGGGUGGAAGUCGUGGACCCCUCCAAGAUCUUGCAGUUCAGGCUCAAGAGCACCACUUACAUAAUGCGGGCUUUCAGUGCUACAUGCUACUUUUGGAUCAUCGCCUUCAAUGCUAGCUUGCUGCUCAACCUCACCAAGCUCGUCCGGAUCUAUCACUUUGUGCGGCUCCCAGAUCCACUUUGGCUUAUUUGGGACAACGGUAUCCUACGUGAGCUCAGGCCACUCCUGCUCCUUACCUGGUUAGCACAUUGGGUUGGUUGCCUUCUGGCGUGGGGCGGUGGAUACCGUGAGGCGCUGUGGAAUUCAGGCGACGGCAGCGAGUUUGAGACCACCUUCAACGGAAGCGUUAUUCCGGGCUGGUUCUCCUUGUACUUCAUGGCUUUUGUUGAGGCCUUGUACAUGCUGACGGGGGCCUUGGACAACCCGCUGGGCGAUGGAGGGAUUCGAGACAAGAACUUCGGAUCUUUGCUCAUGGUGGCUGUCUUUGGGCCCGUUGGCUGCAUCAUUGUGGCCCACUUCAUUGCAGCCGUCGUCCGAGAACAGGAACGGAAGUUCGCGCUGGAUAUCCGGCAUGAAGAGAACCAGGCAAAGUGCUUUGCUUCACGAGUCUAUCCUGCACUGCCGUUGCUGAAAACUUGGUUGUACUUAGUUGCGGGUGGGAAGGCGCCUGUAGACAUCCCACAUCACGCUUGGUACAAGAAGCCUAGACGUUGGAUUAGCCUGCAGGCAUUUGUGAAACGAGCCUUAGAGAACCUGAACGUUCCGACGGAGCUCCAGCGCCGGGUGUUCAGUCCGAGCCUCUGA